AUGUCGUCGAAACGUCCAAAAUUCGGCCUGCGGGCACUGACGUCCAAACUCUCUGAAUUCAAUCACAAACAGCCGACGCCGCCAAGACCAAAACAUGCGCAUCACAGUACCUCGCGGAACCGCGUAAUUCCCCCCGAAGAGGACAUGAGACGGUUGUUCCAGGAGUGCAAGUUCGCAAAGGGGAACGCCGCGCUGCUCUCCGAAGCACUCACAUUCGCGAAGCCGGAGGAUUUGCAGUCGAAGGAGAUCAUCAAGGAGUUUCACACAAAAUGUAGACACUCGCAUGAGCUCGUCUCCGCGCAGAUACCUUGGGCGACCGCGAAUGCGGACCGGUCGCGACAGAGCAGAGAACAACAGCGUACGCAGCGGAAACGCGAUAGGGACAGAGACAGAGAUCGCGAUAGGGAUCGGGAGCGAGGUAAAGAGCGCGAACGGGAGUCGCCUACGGACCCUGCGGGUCAGAAACCGCGAAUUAAGCCAGAAUCUGGGCGGAGGGAUAAGGAGGGCAGCAGGAAGGGGGGCGAGUCGAGGAGCGAGACGCCGUCGCCGGCGGAGUUGACGCUGGAGGAACAGUUGCUCGCGGCGCUGUUGGAGGCGAACGAGGAGUUGACGGCGGUGUUGAGGAUGUAUGAUGAUAUCGAACGGAUCGGGAUCGAGAAUGAGCUGCAGGAACGAAGUAGGAGGGAGGUCAGGAUGGAUAAGUCGAAUAUGGUUUAUGAUGAACGAGACGGCACGUAUACCAGACUAGAAGUCCCGUCAAAUAUGGUCGGAUCCUCAUCACAUAGUCCUUCUCCCUCGCCUUCACCCUCACCUUCCCCCGUUCCGCCAUCACUCAUACCCUCCAUCCAACCGCAUCCUCUACCCCCAAUACCUAACUAUGCCCACGCCGGCUCGGGCACCUUCACGGGAAAUGGUGGCGGCGGGAUCCACUCCUCGCCCUCACUCGCACCGCCGCCACCUGCACCGCACGGCCCCCGCUCGCCGUCCCAUGCACUGCGCUCUCGAUCGCAUACACCGUCUCCUGAGCGGCCACCGGUCAUCGUCGGCGGAAUCACGGCAGGCCAGAGCGCGGGACACGCGAGCUGGGACGCGUUGAGCAAUGGGUUGAGGCGGUUGAAUGUGAAGGGGUCGGCGCAAGGGCAAGGGCAUCAGACGACGUUGCAGGUUCACAAUUAUAACUCGUCGGCGUCGGAUGAGGAUAUGAUCGUGACGCCGGUGAAGCCUAGUGCGAAGGCGCUCGGGAAGAGGAAGGUGGUCGAGCCGAUUGAACACGAACGCGAUUUCAAUCCGGACGAGAUGUUCUACGAACGCACAGAUCACGACCUUGGCGUCCGUCCGGACGAUAGUGACUCUGAUUCAGACGACGGGAGAGGAUACCAUCAUCAUCAUCAUCAUCCGCCGCCGGUGCGUUAUGUGUACGAUGCAGUGGCGGAGCGGACGGCGCAGCGUCUGCGGGAAGCAGAACGAGCGGCGGCGCUGGUGAACGGAGUGCAUUAA